AGCUAUGGGAAGAACCAGUCAAGAGAAAUAAAUGACGAACCAAGUUCCGCAAUGGCAACUAUCGAUCAUUCUGUUAGGCGUAUUAUUAUUGUGUCUUGUAAGUUAAUUUCUAUCUAUGAGUAAUGAUGUUUCGCCAAGGCCAGUUUUAGUAUAGUAAUAUUUGAAUUUUUCGUCUCUGGACUUGCAAAAUAUAUGUGUUGCGGUUCAAUUUUAUCCUUGGUCUAAAUUUUAUUUUCCUUUGUUUUGGGAUAUGGUAAUGUAUGAUAAUAAGCUUGAAGUAAAGGAAAAUAUAAUUUAGACCAAGGAUAAAAUUGAAUCACAACAUAAUUAGGUAUUUUUAUUUUGGCAUCGGGGACAGCUACGAAUUUGGAUAAAUCGAAAUUGACAUCGAUUGAUCAAUUACGCGAUUAUUGUUCGUUCUGAAGUUCUAAAAUUGACGCCUCCCGAAUCGCGUACAAGGGCAAGUAAAUUAUGACAUGACAAUUAUCGCAUUAAAUGUAAUUAUGUGUAGGGGGCCCAGUGAAAUUUAUUAGAAAGCAACCCUCGGCAAGACUAGACUAGCCCUUUUUCUUGCCUCGCACUGCUGUCAGAAAGGUUGGCACAUGCAUGUUAGACCAAAGCAAUCUCGGGCCGAGGGUUUCUCCCUUAAUCACCGGGAAGAGAUUUAGUUUAGUCAACAGGCAACUUAUCCGAUUCCGGCAUUCUUUUUUCUGACUCAGGCGUAGAAAAGGAACUAUACAUUAUUACGCAGAUGAUUGUUUUCAUUCAAAAUAUUCUCAAACCACAAUACAUGCAUAUGUAUUAAAGCUUCCUCCCAUUUUCAGGAUUCAAACAUUUUUAAAUUAUAUACUUGCAUCACCUUUACGUAAACUAAAGAUCAGCAGAGUAGCUUGGCUAUUUAAAUCUCUAAUAUUCGGCUUGCUAGUGGUAGGAGUUAAGGGACUGUGCAAUAAUUAUCAGGGGGGGGGCUGAAAAACUAGACGGGGGCAUUACAUAAAAUUGCUGCCAAGAUAGGGGGGCUCAAAGUAAAAUCACUCAUUUGACGGAGGGGGGACCUUAAGUUUUAUUCGAAAUGUAAAUAAAAUUAAACGCAAUAAAAGAUUCUCAAUACAGGCAUCAUGAUAGACUGUAACAAAUAUCAACACGAACAGCUGUUAAACGAUUAUUGAUAAUAAUAAAAUACAUAAUAAUACAAUAUAAUAAUAACAAUAAUAAUACAAUAUAAAAGGUAUUUACUUAAAGGCAUCUAUGGUGAUGGUGGCGGUGAGGGGUGGGUUUGUGUGUGUGGGUGGGUGGGUGGUGGGAGGGGGGUGCAACGUUAUUUUUAACAUAACAGAGGGGGGUUAGAACUAAUUUUUUUGUUUUCAGCCCCCCCCCCCCCUCCUGAUAAUUAUUGCACAGUCCCCAAGAAGAGGGUGCUAAGAGUUAAAGAAGAAUAAAGAAGCGAAGACAAAGGUGUAAAAGAAGACUAUUGGUACCUUCUGGCUUGGCGAGCGAGUUGCUCGAACAACCCCAACAUAUUUUGGUGGAGAACCCGGGCAACGGACCCGGUUAACCUCUCGCAUUGGUGGCUUGAGGUAGCAGUCAUCACUUUUUCAGUUUAAUGAUUUAUGAUCUUUAUUUUUUUUCAGGGCCAGCUCUACGGCUUCAUCACUGUGCAACAGGAAAUACCAAGUCAGAGAUCGGGGAUGAAAAAACUAAUGGAGAAAGAUUAUAUUGGUGGAAAUGGCAUCAAGCAAGGUUUAUCCAGGAACCUUAGGGUUACUUUACUCCAAAAUGAUUCUGAAAAGGAAACUUUAACAAGAAGGAAAAAAAGGAUUUCCAAAAAACCUAAAAAACGAAGAAACGUAACUGAACAGGAAAAACCUUCAUCAAAUGAAAGCGGAACGAGAAACGCUGUGAAAAAUAUCAAAAUACCGAGUAAAGAAUUAAUUGCAUGGGACCCACAUGCCGAUACGCAAGUGUAUUUGUUUGACAACAAAGAACACAACGAUCCAAAUAUAUCAGGCCUUGAAAACGCAGAUUCCAUUCGAGAUGCUAAAAGAAAGAAUGCCACUUACGUUCAUCACCGCAACUCUGCUAUCAAAAGGAAAACAAAGGCCUCCUUUAAAGUGCCACCUCGUGAUGCAUCGUCACCGGAGUCAAGAUCAGAUCCAACACAAGAAAAUGACACAGUGUAUCACUGGACAAUAGAGCAUUUACCUCCUGUCGUUUAUGUAACUUUUACAUUGGGAAUUAUAUUUGGGUGUACGCUAAGGCCUCAUUUUUUAUCUCUCAUGUACUCCCUUUGUAAUUAUUUUGUCCUGCAAAGAAGAAAAAAAUCCAGGCGCCAGAGAAAGAACACAAAAUUUGAGGUGGACUCGAGUAAGUAACAGCUAAGUUGUUAGGUAAUGGUAACAAUUUAAUAAUAAUAAUGCGAAUAUUUAUACAGGAUAACCCUAUCAGUUCUAUUAAAAAGAACUGUUAUCAAAAGGGUCCUGAAACUAAAUAAUAGAUAACUAAGAAAAUAAAAAAUAAAAUCGACAGUGGAAAAUAAAAUAACACUAAGAAAUCUAAUUUGAUGAUCUAAAAAGGCUGUUGAAUAAAGUUUAAAAUAUUACUACCCAACAAAUCAUAAUAAAAUCAUGAAGAAAAUAAAUUUAAGUAAUAUUUGUUUUAAGCUCCCAUUUUAUCCAAGCAAAUACCCCAAGGAACUGCUUCGUGGAGAAAACAGUUGAUUUUAUUCUGUGAAUACUCUUUUUAUUCUGUGACGGCAUUAUUUCAGUUUAAUUUUAAUUAGUUUCAUGUAUGAAGUUUGUUUUUGAACUGACUUUUUUUUCUAAUUGAUAUCUGUAUAGGUAAUCAGAGAGCAUGAUUUGUAGUGAUAUUUGGUAUAAAUACCACGACUAAUAUUUCAAAAUUGUUAUACGUAAUUUCAGGAGCCGUUAGGCGAGUGAAAUUUGAGACAAUUUUGAAAUAUCACGAGUGGUAUUUAUGCCAAAUAUCACGUACAAAUAGUGCUAUUAUUUGUUUAUACCACUACCCGCAAAAGGUUUGUAAUUUUCACAUGUAGGUAUUUCAAAUUAAGCUGAAAUACCACUGCUCUAAGCCAAUAAAAUUGCAGAAAUUUCUCCUGCAGUAGUAUAAUAUCGCUAAUUUUAUUUAUUAAUUUCUGUCUCGGCACACCUGUAAAGUAGGUGGUGCAGGUGUUAAACUAAAACUGUAACUUGCUUCGAAGCAUUGCUGCAAAGAGACUUGAAAAGCGAUUUUGCGUGUUUUACCACCAACGUUCAAACAUGUGUUGCAAUAAAUCAAGCUGCAAGUUGCGUGAAUGUUGACUUCUGAUUGGACAAAAUUAUCCUGGAGUUACGUCACUUGCUGCGACACAAGUUUGCUUUGGGCCGAUAAAACGUGCAACAUGUACAGAUUUUUUACAAAAGGUAGAGCUACUCUUUACUUUCUGCAAGAACUUUUCCACCCUGCAACAACCUGAUUUGUUGCAAGACAGGAGUAAACGUGGAUGGUAAGAAGCGCAAUAUCGCAUUUUUCAAUUCGUUUGCAGCAAUGUUACAAAACAAGAUGCUCGUUUUUGUUGCCCAAGAAUUUACUUUACCUUAAACCAUAAAGUUAAUAAAGUAUUUUAUUAUAUUGUUAUAAUUAAUAGUAGUAAUGAGUCAUUUUGAUUGGUCCUGAUAUCGAAGCUUUACAUUUUAAUCUUUCAGAUGUCAAUCUGGCUGAUCUACCUUUUCAUGUUGAGGAAUUCUUCAUAAAGAAAUUGGAUGUACGCUGCCCGGGUCAACGGUUCUAUGGCUGGCAAAAAGUAGGCGAAGCGUUUCACAUAGACAAAGACGAUCUUCGAUACUUAAAGAUCGAAUACAAAAGGGACAAUGGAAGCCCCACCAGUAAGCUGUUCGAAAUGCUUGGAAAAAAGCAGAAUAGAAAUGUAUCAGACCUCGUGGAAGUUUUAAGGAGUCCUGAAAGAAGACGUUCUGACAUUGUCUCUGUUAUCAAACUUACUUAA